AUGGCGGAAGGCACCGAAUGUGUCUAUGUUGGGGACAAUAGGUCUGUGCCGGUGAGUGGUAAAGGGAAGGUACUCUUGAAGCUAACUUCCGGUAAAGCUCUUUCACUUAAUAAUGUCCUUCAUGUACCUCACUUUCGACACAAUCUCAUUUCGGUACAUUUGCUUGGUAAGGCCGGUAUUAAAGUUUUAUUUGAUGGUAGCAUAGUUACUUUAACUAAGAAUGAAGUCUUUGUUGGUAAGGGCUAUGAUGAUGAAGGUCUCUUUGUACUUAAUGUUGAUCAAGUUAUUAAUGAAAAAGGUUCAUCUUCUUGUGCUUACUUAGUUGAUUCCAUUGAUGUUUGGCAUGAAAUAAGAAGGAGCAAGCGAGCUAGGAAGGAAAAGAAUUACGGUAACGAUUUCCUUGCCUAUGUUGUUAAAGAUGAACCUGUAAGUUACUAUGAUGCAAUUAAAUCUGUAGAUACACCUUUUUGGUUGAAAGCAAUUAAUAAUGAAUUAGAAUCUAUUAUGUCUAAUGAUACUUGGGAAUUAGUUGAGCUUCCACCCAAGUGGAACAAGCAGGAAUUUGGCCAUGUUGGAAACUGGAUCAAAUCACUUCGGAAUAGGCUCCAAGCACUGGAAACCAACCCGGAGCACAAUCUGGAAACCAUCCGGCAGGUCAGGCAGUCUCUAAACUCUUGGUUGGAUAUAGAAGAGGUCAUGUGGAAACAACGAUUUCGGAAUAUUUAUCUGAAGGAAGGGGAUCGUAAUACUAGUUUCUUCCAUACAAAAGCUUCGAACAGGAAGCAAAGGAAUUGGAUUCAGGGGCUGGAGGAUGGGAAUGGACUAUGGCAGGAGGGUAUGGAUGAUAUCGAGUAUGUCGCUACACAGUAUUUCUCCACAUUAUUUACUUCCACUCAGCCGGGAGAUAUGACAGAGCUUUUGAAUGCCAUCACACCUACAGUCACGGAUGCUAUGAACCUGCUGUUAACCAGAGAGUUUCAGGCCUCAGAGGUUGCCCUAGCACUGAAGCAAAUGCACCCCAAUACUACGCCAGGUCUGGACGGCUUGCCACCCCUUUUCUAUCAGAAAUUCUGGUCGCUCACAGGCACAUGCGUCACUCAAGCUGCACUGGAUUUCCUGAAUCAUGGUAUUGUUCCUCCUAACUAUAAUGACACACAGAUUGUUCUUAUUCCCAAAGUCCAAAACCCUAGAAAAAUUACUGAAUAUAGGCCAAUUAGUUUAUGUAAUGUAGCCUACAAGAUAGCCUCCAAAGCUGUUGCUAAUAGAUUGAAAAGUGUUUUAUCAACUAUUGUCAGUGAAAAUCAGAGUGCUUUUACCAAAGGGCGUUUUAUAACUGAUAAUGUGUUAGUUGCAUUCGAAACCAUGCACCACAUUAGCCAAAAGAAGUCUGGGAGGGUGGGGGAGAUGGCUCUAAAAUUGGACAUGAGCAAAGCCUAUGAUAGGGUAGAAUGGACUUGCUUGGAGAAUAUUAUGAGGAAAAUGGAGGGUCUUUCAGCACUACUUCGUCGUGCAACAGAAAGGCAAAAUAUCAAUGGUGUAGCUGUGUGUCGGAGAGCCCCAAGAAUUUCCCACUUGUUCUUUGCCGACAAUAGCUUGAUUUUUUGUCGAGCAUCUUUGGAAGAAUGUGAUGAGUUACAGCGCAUUUUCAGUGUUUAUGAAGCUGCCUCAGGACAGCAACUCAAUAAAGCCAAAACUGCCCUAUUUUUCAACAAAAAUACUCCGCGGGCAAUACAGGAGGAAAUAAAGUCUAGAUUUGGAGCUCAAGUCAUACGCCAGCAUGAAAAAUAUCUAGGAUUGCCUUCGUUGGUUGGGCGAUCCAAGAAGAACACCUUCCAUGAUCUAAAAGACAAACUGGGUAAAAAACUUUCAGGGUGGAAGGAAAAACUCCUAUCGAAUGCGGGCAAAGAAAUUUUAAUAAAAGCAGUGGGCCAAGCAAUACCUUCUUAUACUAUGAGUUGCUUCAAACUUCCAGAUUCCUUAUGUGAUGAGCUUGCUAGUAUGGUCCGCAAAUUUUGGUGGGGACAAAAUAAUGGGGUUGACAAAAUGGCUUGGCUUAGCUGGGAGAAGAUGUGCACUCCUAAGGAAACAGGCGGUAUGGGUUUUAGGGACCUCAAAGCAUUCAACUUGGCUUUACUAGCCAAACAGGGAUGGCGCCUUCAAACCUCUACAACUUCACUUUUCUACCGUGUCUUCCAUGCUAGAUAUUUUCCACAUGGAGACUUUCUCUCAGCCACUGUGGGGACAAGACCUUCAUAUGCUUGGAGGAGUAUAAUUGCUGCACAACAGUUAGUCCGGAAUGGGAGCCGUUGGAGGAUAGGAAAUGGAGCCAAAGUCUGGAUUUGGGGAGACUGCUGGCUCCCUUUAUCCUCCACUUUUAAAGCUGUCACACCAUGCCCGAGUGGUGGGGAAGAACUAUUAGUGGCUUCGUUAAUCAAUCACCAAAGGGGAGAAUGGAACUUGGAAGCCUUACAGCGAACUCUCAUGGCCAAGGAUGUGGAAUCGAUUCUUACCAUUGCACUGAGCCCAAUGCUGCCUGAUGAUAACAUUAUCUGGGCGCUGACUCCUUCAGGGAAGUUCACGGUGAAGUCAGCUUAUAGCUUGGCCCUUAAAGAGAGAGCUGGCAAUGACGUAGAGGAGAGCUCAAACUCAACACGGAUGAAGGAGUUUUGGAAGUUUAUUUGGCGAUUGAAUGUCCCUAAUAAGAUUCGAAGCUUCACGUGGCGUGCUUGCCGGAAUAUCUUACCCACAAAGGUUAAUCUCUUCCGGCGAAGGAUAACGGCGGAUAAUACAUAUGAGGUAUGUGGAAGCUUUGAAGAAACAACAGGCCAUGCACUCUGGCACUGUCACCUUGCGAAGGAAGUAUGGAAGGAAGCAGGGAUGAAUACGGAUAAGGUGAUGGACAACUGCCCGGAAUUCUUGGACUUAUUGUGGUAUGCCCGAAACGUGAAGCAGUGGCCGAUGGAGGACGUGGGUUUGAUGGUAACAACGGCAUGGGGCAUCUGGACGAACCGGAAUGAAGUGCGCCACGGAAAGAGCAGAAAACCAGCGUCCGUCCUCGUUGGGUGGACAAAAGAGCUCUUGGAGAACUUUGUGAUGGCUAACUAUUCUACACGGCCUUUCAAAGAUUCUGUGGAAGCAAGAUGGCAACCUCCCAAGCCUCCGUGGUACAAGGCAAACAUGGACGGUGCAGUUUUUACUCAGCAAAAGGAAGCCGGGAUUGAAGUGGUGAUAAGGGACCACCACGGAGAGGUAGUGGCAGCACUUAGCAAGCGGAUAAAGGCUCCGUUGGGUGCUGUUGAGAUAGUGGCUAAAGCAAUGGAGGAAGGUGUCCGCUUCGCAUGGGAAAUGGGAAUCUGA